GGUUGCUAAGAGACGCGAUGUGUCCAUGUUGCCGAGGUACACGGAAGAAUAAAUCUCGAUGCAUAUUAGACAGUUAAAACAGGGGGAAAAAAAGUAUUUUAAACGUCAUUAAUGAAAGAAAACGUUUAACUCAGAGUGUCCUGAAGCUACCAGCUGUGAUGGUGAAGUUGAGGGCGAGGUGUCUGCUUAUCGGAGAUGCUGCUGUGGGGAAAAGUGCACUUUCCCAUAUUUUCCACAGUGAUGGUAGUCUCUUCCAGAAGAACUACAGCAUGACAAGCGGUGUGGAGCUGCUAAUGAAAUGUGUGAACAUCCCAGAGACCAACGACAGCGUGGAGCUCUACAUCAUAGACUCUGCAGGGAAGCAGACAUUAGUUGAAGCCUGCGAAAAAAUGUGGGGUGAGCUGUCGUUGCUGUGCCUGGUUUUCGACCUGACCAGCGAGCAGUCGUUUGCCAACUGCAGCCAUUGGAUGGAGAGAGUCCGUGCUUACUGCCACGGUCGCCACAUUCCAGGUGUUCUGGUGGGUAACAAGUCAGACCUGUCUGCUAGAAGAGAGGUCCAGGCCUCCGUCGCCCAGGAAUGGGCCCAGAGCCAGGGGUUGGAGUACCACGAGACAUCAGCUAAGGAGAUGGAGAACUGCGACGCGCCGCUCCUCGCUUUAGCCCGGACCUUCCACUCUUUGUACCAAGAACGCCGUGAAACCAUCCAGAACCUGAGUCCCGGCUAGACCCCCAUCCCCUCCCAGUCACAACCACACCUCUGCUUUUCACUCACAGGAUAAUAGACACAGGAUUUCUAUUCAGAGAAUUUAAUACGCUUUAUACAUAAAAAGAAAGCCUGAAUCUUUUGUACCGUUGAAUGGCUUGUUGAUAUUGGGAUGAAUAAAAGUUGUUUUUCUACGAUAAUCA